AUGUCUCGGAGAAUCAAAAUAUUACAAUGUACCUUCAGCGAUUGCGAGAACGAAACUCAGCAAUCACAGGAACGAAGGAAGGAAGAAGGAGAAUCGGGAAGAAUGGAGAUAAUGGCCGGAAAAGUUGAGAGGAAUCAGAAACAGUGGCGAGAAGUGAGAAGUAGCGGCAUUAGUGGAGUCGCAAAGGCAGUGGAAUUGGUUAGGGUUUUGGCAGAUCAAAGUUCAAACUCGGUUUUGGACUUUCAAUUUCUCAAAAGUUUCAAUAUUAAAGUUAAUUUUUCGAAAGCUUUUAUUGUUAAGGAAUUCUUGUGGCAUCCUCUGAUUCUCAAUUGGUUAAAAUGUAACACUGAUGGUGCGGCUACAGUGGUGCCUCAACGGACGGCUUGCGGUGGUAUCUUUAGAGAUCAUACCGGAAAGCAUCAUGGUAGUUUCUCCAAAUUCUUAGGUUCAGGUAAUGCGUACUGGGCUGAGUUAUCUGGCGCUAUUUUGGCUAUCGAGAUUGCUAGGCAAAAAAAUUGGACAAAUUUAUGGCUGGAAACUGAUUCAAAGCUGGUGGUUCUCGCUUUUUCCAAGCCCGAUAUUGUCCCUUGGACUCUUCGGAAUAGAUGGGAGAAUGUCAUUCAUCAUACUAGAUCCAUUAACUUUUCGAUCACUCACAUAUAUAGGGAAUGA